ACUAUUGUGGCUUCCAUGAACCACGUGACAUCCAUCGCGGCGACACCAGAGCGGGUCGCAGCUCUUUCUCUCUAUGGGAGUGGGAGUGGCCAGGCUCUCCGUAGACGGACUCUGGUGGUUUUCUCACUCAGUAAAGAAGAGAAUAGACACAGAGCAGCUUCACAUCAGCUCAUCUGUCAUUUUAUUCCUGAAGCCGUUUUGAAGAGUUUGUCUUUUCAUAUUUGUGGACUGAAAGUGUUGAAGAUGUUUCGGAUUGUUUUCUUCUGUCUGUGUUUCUGUCGUCUGGAUGGUGUGUUUGGUGAUGAUGGUGAUGAUGAUAAUGAAGAAUAUGAAGAGAAGAUUAUGACGGAUGGAGAUUCAGUCACUCUAAACUCUGAUCUCACUGAAAUAAAGGAUGAUGAUGUGAUUCAGUGGAGGUUUGAAGAUGAUAAGAAUGAAAUUUUAAUCGCUGAAAUCAAUGUAACGGCCGACAGAAUCGCUGUAUAUGAUGAUGUUCUUGAUGGGAGAUUCAGAGACAGACUGAAGCUGAACAAACACACUGGAUCUCUGACCAUCAUAAACAUCACUAAACAGACUGGAUAUUAUUCUCUACAGAUCAACGGUGUGAGGAAGAGAUGGAUCAAUAUUCGCUACUAUGGAUCAGAGCCGUCAGUGUCAGUGAUGGAAGGAGAUUCAGUCACUAUAUACACUGGUCUCACUGAAAUAAAGAAUUAUAAUGUGAUUCAGUGGAAGUUUGAAGAUGAUAAUAAGACUGAAACUUUAAUCGCUGAAUUCAAUAAACAGGCCGACAGAAUCACUGUAUAUGAUGAUGUUCUUGAUGGGAGAUUCAGAGACAGACUGAAGCUGAACAAACACACUGGAUCUCUGACCAUCACAAACAUCACAACUGAACAUGCUGGAUAUUAUAAACAUUAUCCUAAAUCUUUUUGGAGAUCGCACACUACUCUCGCUGUCUUUGUUGAAAUAUCAGUGAUGGAGGGAGAAUCACUCACUAUAAACUCUGAUAUCACUGAAAUAAAGGGUUAUAAAUGGAUUCGGUGGAUUUUUGGGGAUGAAAACAUUUUAAUCGCUGAAAUUGAUGUAAAAGCCGACAGAAUCACUGUAUAUGAUGAUUAUCUCGGGAGAUUCAGAGACAGACUGAAGCUGAACAAUCAAACUGGAUCUCUGACCAUCACAAACAUCACAACUGAACAAGCUGGAGAUUAUAAGAUCAAAUUUAGGAGAGAAGAUAACAGUUUCUCAUUAAAUGCUUUCAGAGUUUCAGUCUCUGCUCGUCUGCCUGUUCCUGCCAUCAAUAGAGACUGUUCUUUAUCUUCAUGUUCAUCAUCAUCAUCAUCAUCAUCAUCAUCAUCACCACCAUCAUCAUGCUGGCAUUUACUGUAUGCUUAUUUUCAUGUGGCUUAUUUCCACCUUAGAAUUUGAGAACAAACAGCAAUAUAUUUUCUCACUCAUUAAUUCAAUUGAAUUCAAUUUUUUUAUAGCGCUUUUCACAAUACAUAUUGUUUCAAAGUAGGGGUGUGCGAUAUUGACAUAAUUUUUUAUCUCAGAUGAUAUUUUGCAUAAUUAAAAAAUGUGUUCGUAAAUUUUUUAUAUUUUACUAACUCCGUUUUACAAUGUCAGUUUGAUAUUGAUAAAUUACUAAUUUCGGGGCAUUAUUUAAAACUGAAGCAUUCAAGUAGAAACAACACAAAUCCCUGCUCUGCUGUAAGGCUGAACUGUGCAGAAUACAGCAAAUAUCACAUUAUAAUAAAAGUAUCUAAAUGCAAACUUCUGUCAAAAACAGCACUAGAAAACCAUUGUAAACCAAGCGAACGUCAUAAGUUGACCUCAGACAACAAUAUAAUAAAAUGUAAAAAGCCAGUUCGUGACCCCUUUAAUGCAUUCGAUCUGAUUCAGUGAACGCUUGAAUAAAGAGAUGCGUCUUUAAUCGAGUUUUAAACUGGGACAGCGAGCCCAUCAGAAAGGUAUUCCAGAGUUCAGGAGCUAAAUGUGAGAAACGGCCUCCCUCCUUUAGUGGACUUAGAUAUCGAUAGAUCUGAGAGAAAGUCUGCAAACUCUUUUAGGAGAUCAGCAUAGGGCCGAGGGGUGUAUAUACAGUAGCCAAGGCUAGAGAUAAUGGGGAUUUCUUUCUUACAUCUAAAAACGUAACAUUUAGCACAAGUGCUUCAAAUGAAAUAAACCUGUGAUCUGUGUGUAACAUUAGUGCUCAAAGUGUCAAUGUGAGUGUUUUUUAAUUGUAAAUUCUGAUUUUUUACUGAUCGAGUAAUUCGAUUUUGAUUGAUUGGGGACUUUAAAAAUGACUUCCAAUCACACUUAAAGUCUCACAUGUCUUGUGUUGUUAUUAUAGUUCAGAUCUCUAAUUCGGUUGUUAAGUCGUGACGUAAUCACGCUCUGAUAAUACUGUUUCCGGGUCCAAAUGCUGGGUCCUCUCUAUCUGCUUACCGCUUUUGCCCGAGUUUUAACAUGCCGCAGUGCUGUGUCCCAUGUUGUUUAAAUAGAUCGGAGUUAAAAAAAACAAGUGACAUUCAACUGUCAUUCUACCGCUUUCCCUGUGACGAGAAAGAAAAGAGAAAAUGGCUGCAGUUGAUAAGGUAAGUUACAAUUCUUUCCUUUAUCCCUAACACCCACUGGCGCUGAAGCGAAGCCAGUCCUUUAAGAAAAGGGCUUAGUCUAACGUUAUGGGUUGUAACGUUAAUUAGAUAUGGACGAGCGGAGCGCUUGGACCCGGAAGAGGCUAAAUGUCACGCGUGACGUCAGACUUAACAACCGAAUACUGAAGCUCUUUUACUGACUAAUCACGACACAUUUCUCUCAAAGACACAGAUCUCACUUUACUAAUGCUGGAUUAAUCUGUCAUAUGAUUGCCUUUGUCAAUAAAGUUUUUUAUAGUUUUUUUGA